GAGAUUGGAAAUUUUCUUAUGGGAAUUUGCAAAUGAUGAUUAUCUAUCUACUACGUUCUAGAAACAUAUUAGUUCAAUUCUAAAUAUAGAUUAUUUCAGUUUAUCUGUAGAACGUCUUAAAUAUUUUCAAUUAGUUUCAAUCAAACAGUACAUUUCAAUUAGUUUAUUACCCAUAUAAAAAUAUCCAGCUUUGAAAAAAAUGAGAAAUUAUUAAGAACUAACGCAUUAUCUAAUCAAUUUUUUAAGGAUUGUGUGUAGAAUUUAAGUUUUAUCUCCAGAAUUCCAGCCCAUCGAAUCGAAUAACUGGCUGAUACACAUGCGCUAUGUAAGAAAAGAGUUUGACCUUUGCAAAUUGAUAAUCCAAGAAGACCUGACAAAAUCGAAAGGCUGCAACGAAUAUGCAAACUAUGUCCUUGGUAUGAUAUUCCAACACGAAGGAAAAGUGAGAGAGGCGCUCGAAUGUUUUCAGAAGUGUUGCUUUCUGAAUCCGGGUCGCAUCCCGAACAUUUGCCAGUUGGGGAAAUGUUGGUUUCUAUUAGGACAAAAAUAUCAAGCAAUUGAAUCGUUCUCAAAAGCAGAAAAAUUGGUUGCUACACCUAAUUGGAAUAUAUAUCACAACUUAGGGGUAUGUUAUGUGAGUUUAGGUAGAAUAGGAAAAGCGAGAGAAUAUUUGACAAAGGCUGUCCACCUGGGCAGGACGCUUCAAAGUUAUGAUGCCCUCGCACGACUUUACAUCGCAGAAAAUGAUAUAAACAGUGCUUUGGAGGUGUAUCACAUUGCUCUCGAGUUGUUUCCAUCAAGUUGGGAGCUGGCGACUGAUCUGGGCCAGCUUUACCUGCAGGUCGGAGAAACCGCUAAAGCUUUCAACAGUUUCGGCCUUGCCCUUGCUAUUAACAGAGAAAGCAUGCAAGCUCUUCUAGCAGUUGCUUCUAUCUGUCAGGAAGAAAAAGAAUAUGAAGUCGCUCUAUCUAAAUAUAAGAUUGCUGGACAAUAUCUUCCAGAAUCAAUUUGUUUAUGGAACAAUAUGGGAUUGUGUUUUUUUGGAAAAGGGAAAUAUGUCGCAGCUAUAGGUUGUUUGAAACGUGCCAAUUAUCUAGACCCGAUGGAUUGGAAGACCCUGUUCAACCUCGGUCUCGUGCACAUACACACUAAACAAUACACAUCUGCUUUUCACUUCCUAUCCAGCGCGAUAAAAUUGGAAAACCGUCACGCCCUGUCUUUCAUGCUGUUAGGAAUCGUUCUCCAGCGAAUGUCACACCACGAAAAUGCGACAAAAUGUUUUGAACAGGCUAUUAAAUUGGACGUCGAUGAUGUCAAUAUUAGGAUUAAUUAUAUAUCGCAUUUGUACGCUCAAGAUAAAAAAGAAGCUGCAUUGGAACAUCUAAAUGUAGUACAGAGGUUGAUGCAGCAAAUUGAAGUAGAUGACAAGACUAAGGAAGCAGUAAGACAACUAACUCAGGGUUUAACACAAGGUCUACUGGUAAAUGAUCAACUGGAUUCUUAGUAACGGCAAGAACAUGACUAUUUUUUUACAUUCGAAAAUAAAUAUAUGAAACAAUUUCUCUUUAAGCUGUAACUUUUCAAUUUCGAUUUUAUGAAAAUUGUUCAAAUCAAUUUUUAAAAUAUCAUUGAUAAUCU